AUGGAGUUGCAGGUUUCAAGGCGAGAUAUUGUACGAUAUGGAAGUUUGGGCAUUGCUGUAUCUUGUCUCUUUUUCACCAUUACAAACUGGAAGGCAAUGAAAUAUGCAACUCCAAAAGCUAUAUGGAAAUUGAUAUUUGGAGUGAGCAGUCCUCCCUUUGGACAGAAUGAAGACAAAUCCCGUUCUGCAAGGAUCCAACAAUUUGUGAGCUAUAUAUCUGAUUUGGAAGCCAGGGGUUCUGCUACCAUUGUGCCUGAGUUUCCAUCUAAACUUGAUUGGUUGAAUACAGCUCCCCUUCAGCUACGCAGGUUCACUGUUAUAGGUGUGCACUCUGCAAAGUUUGACAACGAGAAAGACUUAGAAGCAAUUCGCAAUGCUGUGUUACGCUAUGGCAUCACUCACCCAGAUUUGAAAGGAAAGGUGGUUGUCCUAGACUUCUGGACCUAUUGUUGUAUAAAUUGUAUGCAUGUGUUGCCAGAUCUGGAGUUCUUGGAGAAAAAAUACAAAGAUAUGCCGUUCACUGUUAUAGGUGUGCACUCUGCAAAGUUUGACAACGAGAAAGACUUAGAAGCAAUUCGCAAUGCUGUGUUACGCUAUGGCAUCACUCACCCAGUUGUCAAUGAUGGAGAUAUGUUUUUAUGGCGAGAGUUAGGUGUAACUUCAUGGCCAACAUUUGCUAUUGUUGGGCCUAAUGGUAAGCUUCUUGCACAAAUAUCAGGUGAAGGUCACCGGAAGGAUCUUGACGAUUUAGUAGAGGCAGCUUUUCUGUUCUAUGGAAGAAAGAAGAUGUUGGAUAACACCCCUAUUCCAUUGAGUUUGGAGAAGGAAAAUGAUUCCCGCAUAUUAACUUCCCCUUUGAAGUUUCCCGGUAAGCUGGCGGUUGAUGUCCUCAACAAUCGGCUGUUCCUUUCAGAUAGUAACCAUAACCGAAUAGUAGUCACGGACCUAGGUGGAAAUUGUAUUGUUCAAAUUGGGAGCACAGGUGAGGAGGGUUUUCGUGAUGGUAACUUUGAUGAUGCCACCUUCAAUCGCCCACAGGGUCUAGCGUACAACACAAAGAAGAACCUCCUGUAUGUCGCAGAUACUGAAAAUCAUGCUCUAAGGGUCAUUGAUUUUGUUAAUGAGACUGUGCAAACUGUCGCUGGAAAUGGAACCAAAGGUUCUGAUUACAAAGGGGGAGGAAAGGGGCCCACUCAGCUCCUCAACUCUCCCUGGGAUGUCUGCUUCGAGCCAGUCAAUGAAAUUGUUUAUAUCGCAAUGGCUGGCCAGCAUCAGAUCUGGGAACAUAAUACAUUAGAUGGAGUUACAAGAGCUUUUAGUGGCGAUGGUUUUGAAAGAAACUUGAAUGGUUCGAGGUAA